AUUUAUUUAAAUCCCACAAACAAACAAUCUUUCAAUCUAUCAUCAACUUUGUUUGAUUGGUUCACUUUCAAUCUUAUCAGUUUCUCACUUAUCUCUGUUUUUUCUAAUUACUUUGUUUAUGUCAAUUUCAAUAAUUUGAUUUCAUCUGGGUCUAUAAUUCUACUCAAUUUACAAUAAAAAUCUGUGAAUUUUUUGUGUUUUAUUACAAAAUUUGCACUGAAAUUUCUGGGUUUUCAUUUCUGGGUCAACUGGUGUUUUUCAAUCUCCAAUUUGUCCGUUGGUUUAAAAAAAAGUCUUGCCUUUUUAAAUAUCAAAAACCCUAAAUUUCCCCCAAUUUUUUGAAAUCAGGGAUUCUGGAAUCACAAAAUCCAGAUACCCAAUUUAUAGAAAUUUGCUAAUUUUGGAAUCCAAUCAUAAAAUUUCUUUCUAAGAAUCCUGACAGAUUUGAGCAGACUAUCAAAUAAGAUUGGAUAAUCCUGCUCUUAAUUUUCUGCUCCUGUAAAAUUCUAAACUUUAGGGUCUACAAAUUCAAAUUUUUUGGGGAAAAAAAUGACAAUUGAUAAUAUGGAGUCGAAGAGAGAGAGACACCCAAAGAAAUCGAAGCAAGUCCCUGAUGAAAAUGCUCCAUUGUUACCCAAAAAACGUCAAGAAGAAGCUGGAUUUGAUGAAUUUAAUGGAGCUUCAUUUUCUGGGGCAGUCUUUAAUUUGUCCACCACAAUUAUUGGAGCUGGAAUUAUGGCUUUGCCUGCUACUAUGAAGAUUUUGGGUCUUGGUCUUGGGAUUUUUAUGAUCAUAUUUAUGGCUUUUUUGACUGAAAAAUCCAUUGAAAUGUUGCUUAAGUUUAGCAGGGCUGGAAAGUGUUCAUCUUAUGGUGGAGUAAUGGAAGAUGCUUUUGGAAAAGUUGGUAGAAUUUUGCUGCAAGUUGCUGUUUUAGUCAACAAUAUUGGUGUUCUUAUUGUGUACAUGAUCAUCAUAGGUGAUGUGCUAUCAGGAACAUCUGCCAGUGGAGUUCAUCAUGCUGGUGUGUUGGAAGGUUGGUUUGGAGAUCACUGGUGGAACGGCCGGUUUUGGAUUCUCCUAAUCACAACUCUCUGUGUGUUUGCUCCAUUGGCUUGCUUUAAGCGUAUUGAUUCUCUGAGAUAUACAUCAGCAUUGUCAGUUGGCCUGGCUGUUGUAUUUCUUGUAAUUAUGGUAGGAAUUGCAGUUAUAAAGUUGAUAAGUGGAACUGUGAUGAUGCCCAGAUUGCUUCCUGACAUUACUGAUUUUAAUUCAUUCUGGAAACUCUUCACUGCUGUACCUGUUCUUGUCACAGCAUAUAUAUGUCACUACAAUGUUCACUCGAUUGACAAUGAACUCGAGGACUCUACCGAAAUAAAACUUGUUGUUCGAACAGCACUUGGUCUCUGUUCUUCUGUGUAUGUUAUGACAAGUUUAUUUGGGUUUCUUCUGUUUGGCGAUGGAACUCUGGAUGAUGUCCUUGCAAACUUUGAUACUGACCUUGGUAUACCAUAUGGUGGCGUGCUGAAUGAUGCUGUUCGUGUCAGCUAUGCUGCACACUUGAUGCUUGUUUUCCCCAUUGUUUUCUAUCCUUUAAGGCUCAAUAUUGAUGGCCUUUUCUUCCCCUCAUCAAGUCCUCUGGUUAACAGCAACAAGAGAUUUUCUCUUAUUACCAUGGUGCUUAUAACUCUCAUAUUUCUGGGAGCAACUUUCAUACCCAGCAUCUGGGAUGCGUUUCAGUUUACUGGAGCAACUGCUGCAGUUUGUCUUGGGUUUAUCUUUCCUGCAUCUAUUAUCUUAAAGGAUCGUUAUGCCAUUUCCACAACCAAAGAAAAAUCCUUGGCAAUUUUGAUGAUUGUCCUUGCAGUGUUCUCAAAUGUCGUGGCAAUAUAUAGUGAUGCCUAUGCACUGUUCAAGAAGAGUUCUGUAACCAGUCAAAUGUGAUAGGACACUUGAUGCUCCGAUUUAAGUUAUUUGGGUACAAAGCAGAGCACUGAUUGUGUCCUGUUCCGUGAAAGCUUGGAGAUUACUCGGUAUUAGGGUAUUAAGAGUUACAAUGAAGAGCAAAUGCAGCUUGUCAUGUAUACAGGGAGUAGCUCUUUGUACAAACUGUCAUCUUAUAUCCUACCGGUGUUUGUUGUGAUGUACCACCGAUAAGUAUAUUGUCUAAUAUAUAGUUUGCAAAAUAAAAGAGAUCGGCCAGAAGUUCGCGAUAAACUUUUUUCGAUGUCAAUGUUGAUUGUACUUGAUAUAUUGUAUACCAAAGGUCAGCUUGUGGGCAUAAGAAGCUGCCUUCAACUGGUUGUUAAUAUGUGGUGGAUCAAUCAAAACUAUUUAUUUCAGUUUUUAUAUGUUAA